AUGGAAGGCGGGUCUGAAAAUCCAGAAGGCUCGGGAGAGCAGGACCCCUAUUUUCAAAGCCUAGACUCGUUCUCUAAAGCGGCUGAUUUCCCGGAAAUAAUACCCGGCGGUCUUUCUGGCGGUCUUCCUGGAGGUACCCAGGUUACCGAGUUACCAACAGAUGACGUGUUCGGCACUCCCACUCUUCCUGACGACGUGCUAGGAGGUGGCGCCACGUGGAACAAUCCUAUAGUUACAGCCAAUGGCGACACUGGAUAUAAUAUCUCUGACGUGGCAAAUGACGGCGCCGAAGUUAAUGUUUCUACUGUAGCUGGUGACGGCAAAGCCGCUACCGCUCCUAAUCGUUCUGACCAAGGCAAUCCCUGGGACAUAACCGAUGGUGACGCUGGUGCUGAUGCUGCUGACGCUGAUGCUGAUGCUGCUGACGCUGACGUGACUGACAAGACUGACGCUUCCGUUCCUGGAUUCACUCCUGCUGAUCUCCACAUGACAGCUGAAUCGCCGAUUAACACUGUACAAGCUUCUGACCAGCACGUUUUACAUGAUGAUGCCAUAACGGGGAUGGCAGCAGCUGCUGAGAACGAACUCCCUGUAGCCGGACUGUUUAAUGACGUUGAAGUAAAAGAGGAGGAGCAGAGCCGCGAGGAAGGGGAAGGAGACGGAGACGGGCAAGUGGCCGCGACGAUGGAGGAGGAGAAUAUCGGAGCGACGAACGCCGCUAGUGCUGGCGGGACGAUGCAAACUGGGAAAGACGCUGGCGACGCAUCAGAGCGGGCCAACGGAACGGCACGAGAAGAAGCACAAUCGGUUCCCGGUACGGUUCGGGAAGAGGCGGAUCCGGAGGCGGUGGCGGAGGGCAGAGGGAAAAGGGCAGGAACUUCCCCGGGCAAGGCGCAAGGGCAGGGAGACGGCGACGGGAGGGUGGGCGCAGAAGCGGGGACAUCGGUCAAAGACGAAGAGAUCGGCGGAGAGGUGCGGCAGGAAACGGCAGCAGAAGCAGAAACCGAGGCAGAUCAAGCUUCCCGAAAGGAUCAGGGCUCCGCACAGGCAGAUGGGGGGACCGUCGGCAAUGGAGAUGCUGCCGCCGCUUGUGAUGGUAAAGGUGGCGGCGGUGAUGCUGCUGAUCAAAACGGCAACCUUCCAAGCACGCCGCGUCCCACUCCGCCUGACGCUCGCUCGCCCUCAGCCACUCGCGUCUCGCCCGGGUCGCCUGCUGGGGCUGACGCUGACGCUGUUGCUUCAACGCCUAGUGCUCCGGAUGCUGUAACGUUUGAUGAUUUAGACUUCGAAACUCCUGCGACGGGCGUCAGCACACCUUCGACAACCGUCAGCACCCCUGCUACAGCCGUCAGCACCCCUGUUGACACCCCGAACGCAACAGCCACCGCCACUCCUGCUGCCACCCCCUCAGCCACUCCUGCACCUGCAGCGGACGGCGUCACCACUCCCUUAGCCUCGCCGCUUCCUGCUGCUCCAUCUUCCACCCCUUCUGCUGCCACUCCCGCCGCCACUCCCGCCGCCACUUCUGCUGCCACCCCCGCCGCCACUCCUGCAAUCCUCUUCGCCACUCCUGCAAUCUUCCUCGCCACUCCAGCACCUGCAGCGGACGGCGUCACUACUCCCUCACCCUCGCCACUUCCUUCCGCUGCCACUCCCACCUCUCCUUCCGCUGCCACUCCCACCUCUCCUUCCGCUGCCACUCCCACCUCCCCUUCCGCUGCCUCUCCCGCCACUCCUGCACCUGCAGCGGACGGCAUCACUACUCCCUUAGCCUUGCCGCUUCCUGCUGCUCCCACUCCCACCCGUCCUACGGCUCCCACUCCCACCCCUCCUGCCGCUCCCACUCGCACCCCUUCUCCUGCUCCCACUCCUCUCCCUCCCUCUGCCGCGCCGUACCUGCGCAAGCUGGUUCGGAAGAGGUUCGGCGACGUGGUGUUCUUGGGUCGGGUGUUUGAGUACGACCGGGAGGAGGGUUGGUACAAGGUUCGGUACGAGGAUGGGGACUUGGAGGAUUUGGAGGAGGGAGAGGUGGUGGCGCUGCUGGUGGGGCAAGAGGAGGAAAAGGCGGCUGCUGCGGAAGUUGAUUCCUGGCCCCAGCAAAAGCGCGAGGCGUUCUUUAGCGAAUCAGGGGAGCCCGUUUUCGUAGAAGGCAUGGCGGGGUUGGAAGAGGGGGAAGGGGCCGCCAAAGGGGCAGAGGGCACCGCGGAAGGGGGAGAAGGAGCGAGAGUGGAAGGAGGGGCGGAGAGAGAACGUGAGGGGAAGGCGGAAGGGCAGGAGCAGGCAGCGGAGGCGGAGCAGCGGAUGGCAGCAGGCGGUGUGGGCACGGCUGCAGCAGCGGACGGAGAAGCGGCUGAGUGUGUAGGUGCAGCGGGCGAUGGUGCUUUACCUGGCACUCCGUCCACCCCUGGUGGGGUAACAACCGCGUCUGGUGGGCUGAUCACACCUGGCUCGCCGGUUGUGACGCCUGAAGCUAAGAGCCCUGCUGCUGCUAGAAGCGCUGCCAAAAGCCCUAUUGAAGGGCUUGUGAAGAGCCCUGCUAAGACCCCUCCUAAGAACAGUGCUAAGAGUCCUGCUGAGUCCCCUGCUAAGAGCCCUGCUAAGAGUCCUGCUAAGUCCCCUGCUAAGAGCGCCGCCAGAACCCCUCGCAUGGGUGUUGCUAGUACGCCUCCUGCUAGGGCUGCCAAACGUGCUGCUAAGAGCCCUGCUAAGACUCCUCCUAUGUCCCCUGCUAAGAGCCCCACCAGAACCCCUCGCAAGAGCCCUGCCACGAGUGCUGCUAAGUCCCCUGUCAAGAACCCUGCUGAGACCCCUCUGAAGAGCUCUGCUAAGAGCCCUGCCAAGAGCCCUGCCAGGACCCCUUCUAAAAGCGCUGCUAAAAGCCCUGCUAGGACCCCUCGUAGGAGCGCUGCUAAGUUCCCUGAACUGAGCCCUGCGAAGAGCCCACGGCUCAGUUCUGACAAGGAGACGCCCAGAAAAAGACAGGCUGGGGCAGCAGCAGAGGGGAGCAGUGCCGCUAAGAGCCCUGCCAAGAGCCCACGGCUCAGUUCUGGCAAGUUGACACCCAGAAAGAGAGAGGCGGAGGCAGCAGCAGAGGGGGGCAGCGCCGCUAAGAGACGCUCCCUUGGGAGACAGUCUGUGGGUAGUAGCAGUGUGGGGCGCAGCACAGGGAAGGGUGGUGCUGCCAAGGCUGUUAGCGGAAGUGCUUAUAAGGGGGAUGCAGGGGCAGGGACUGGCAGGCGGGCGGCAGGAGCAGGGAGGAGAGCAGGGGCGGUGAAAUGGGUGACUCCUGUCAGGCGGGGCGGCAGAGGGGCGGCAGGGGGUGUCGGGGUUAUGGGGCGGGCGGCAGGAGUUGUGGGGCAGGCGGCAACAGGAGUGGGGAAGAGGAAGAGCAAGAGUUUUUCAAGGCGUGUGUCUGAGGGCGUGGGGGUGAAACCAGUGAGGCUCAUGCUGGGGGGGCAGAGGGCACCGGGGGAGGCUAAAGGUGUAGGCCGAACCAGGAGGGCAAGGAAGGAACCAGCUACCGCACCACCACCGCCAGCAAUCCGAGCGACAAGGGCGAGCAGAAGGGCGGCAGGAACGGCAACGGCAGCAGCACAAGUGGCAGUUGUGGAAGUGGAAGACGAGGAAAAGGAGGAGGACGAGGCAGUGGUACUGGUGGGUGAGGUGCAACCAGUGCGGGGAAGGAGGGCCCUGCAAGGAGUGGCAGUGGCAGAUGUGCGAGAAGGGGCAGUGGAAGUGGGAGUGGUGGAAGGAGGGGGGUCUGGUGGGCGUAGUAGUGGAAGGGGAGGAAGCGGAGGAAGAGGAGGACGAGGAGGAAGGGGAGGACGAGGAGGACGAGGAGGACGAGGAGGAAGGGGAGGACGAGGGAGAAUGUCUUUAGAGGGUGUGGCAGUGGUGGGAGAUGUGCGAGAAGGGCAAGUGGAAGUGGGAGUGGGAGUGGGAGUGGAAGCAGUGGGGACUCUUGCGGCUGGUGGUGGGAGGGGCGGAAGAGGACUGAGAGGGCGCGUGAGGAGAGGAGCUGGGAGGGCACGAGGUGCAACAGAAAUAGCUGCUGCUGCAGCGGAAGCAGCAGCACAGAUGGCGGUGGUGGUGGAAGAAGAAGAAGAAGAGGAAAGGGAAGUGGAAGUGAGAGUGGAGGCAGUGGGGUCUCCUGUGCCUGGUGGUGGGAGGGGAGGAAGAGGAAGGAGAGGGCGCGGGGGAAGAGGAGCAGGGAUGAGGGCACGAGGAGCAAAGAAAGCAACUGAGCCAGCUGCAGCAGCAUCUGUGGCGGACGAGGAGGAAGAAGAGGAGGAAGAGGUGCAAGUGUUGGGAGAGGAAGGAGAGGCGGGAGAGGAGGGAGAGGCGAAAGAGGAGGGAGCAGUUGGAAGAGCCGUGGAGGUGGUUCAAGAGGUGGGUAGCUUGGAAGCUGGAGUUUCUGGUGGGCUUGGGCGUGGAAGGGGAAGGGGAGGACGAGGGAGGAGGCUGCGAGGGAGGAGGCUGCAAGGGGGGAGAGGGGCAGGGAUUAGGUCUCGAGGAGCGAAGACUGCAAGUAAGCCAGCAGCAGCGGCAGCAACUGUGGCAGCAGGAGUGACGGCGUUGGAGGAGGAAGAGGAGGAGGCGGAAGAGGUGCAAGUGGUGGGGGAUGAGCGAGCAGUUGAGGCCGGGAAAGAAGGGGAGGGGGUUCAGGAUGUGGGGGAAGUGGAAGCAGGAGUUUCUGGUGGGCGCGGGGGUGGAAGGGGAGGAAGAGGAAGGGGAGGACGAGGGAGAGGAGGACGAGGAGGGAGAGUGGCAGGGGUCAGGGCACGAGGGGCAAAGAAAACAACAGAGCCAGCAGCAGCAGCUGCUGCUGCCGCAGCAGAAGUGGCGGUGGAAGAGGAAGAGGAGGAGGAGGUGCAAGUGGUGGGAGAGGUGGAAGCGGUAGAGGCCGGGAAAGAUGGGGAGGGGGUUCAAGAGCUGGGGGAAGUGGAAGCAGGAGUUUCUGCCAGCACCAAGAGCACUCGAGGCAGGGCGGUGGGAAGGGCAAGGAGAGCCACUGCAGAUCCUGCAGGAAAGGAAUCUGGUGCUCAAAAGGGAGGAGCAGGGAAGGUGGGUGCAGGAAAGGCAGGUGCGGGGGAGAUGGAAGCGCCUGAGGCGGGUGCGAGUUCAAGCGGUGGGAGAGGAGUGCGACAGACAAGACGACAGGGUGCUGCAGCGCCCAGCACGGCAGCACUGGUUUCUCCCACUGCGCGUGCAGCAGGGUCAGCAGCCGUCAGAGCGGCAGCAGCAGCAGCAGCAGCAGCAGCAGGAGCGGCAGCAGCAGCAGCAGCAGCAGCGGCAGCGGCAGCAGCAGCAGGAAGAGUUGAUGAGAAGGAAAAGGAGGUGGAUGAGGAUGAUGGAGUGACACCGGGAAGGAGCGCGGGACGGAGGAAGAGUGAUGUGAUAGCGGCACGCGGAGGAGGGGUGCUGUCGCCAGGCAGGGGUGUGGGAGGAAGGAGGAAGAUUGAUGUGGUAACGGCGCGGGGAGGGGGAAGGGGGAGAGGGGUGCGGUUGAGAGGGCGUGGGCGGGGUCGUGGAGGGAAGGGGAAAACGGUAGUGAGUGUGGAGGAGGAAGAAGCGGAGGAAGGGAAAGAGGAGGAAGGGGAGGAGGGUGGGGGGGUGGAGGAGGUGAGGCUGAUGGGAGAGAUGGUGGACCUUGCAUCAGAAGAGGAGGAGGAUGAGAAUGUGGUUGUUCUUGAAAGCGAGGAGGAAGAGGAAGAGGAGCAAGAGGAAGGGAAGAGAGAGGAGCAGGGAGGGGGGCAGAGAAGGGGUAGGGGCCGAGGUGUGAAAGCGAGCGCGGUUGAGAGCGGUGAAAACCGUCCUGUGCGUCGAGGGAGGGGAGGAAGAGGGGGAGUGAAUCCUGUGAAGAGAGGAGGUAGAGGGGGGGCAGUGGCCAGUCCCGUUCAGAGAGGAGGCAGGGGGAGGGGAGGGGCGAGUCCUGUAAACCGAGGUCGAGGAGGGACAGUAGCAAGUCCUAUGAAGAGAGGAGGUAGAGGGGGGGCAGGGGCAAGUCCUAAGAAAAGAGGAGGCAGGGCGGGUGCAGGGGGGAGUGGGGGGGGUAAAGGGUGGGACUGCAGGGGGGGCAAGUGGAUUGGUCAGGAGGUCGAGUAG